AUGUCUGCUGCCUCCACGGAGGAGGAGGAGGAGGGGAUGGUUUUCUCUUUGUUGAUUGUUGCAAUCGGGGUGUAUGCCAAAGUCCAGAAAGCUACAGACACGGUGCGGGACACGUUCCUGAUCGACCCGGCUGUCAUCCUAAUUGUGGUGGGGGUGGUCAUGUUCUUCAUCACGUUCUGCGGCUGCAUCGGCGCUCUUCGAGAGAACAUUCGCCUCCUCAAAACAUUCUCCUUCAGCCUGACAUUGGUCUUCCUCACUCAGCUAGCCAUAGCAAUUCUGGGCUUCUUCUACUCUGAACAGACUCGGGAUGCUUUGGGAAAGUUUGUGAAGAAAGCCAUCACACACUACAGGGACGACCUGGAUCUGCAGAACCUGAUGGAUUACAUCCAGAAAGAGUUCAAGUGCUGUGGGUGGAACAACUACACAGACUGGUCUUGGAACCUGUACUUUAAUUGUACUCAUGAGAACCCCAGCUCCGAGCGCUGUGGUGUGCCCUACUCCUGCUGCACUCCUGUUCCCGGAGAGGCAGUGAUUAACACCAUGUGUGGUUUCGGGAUUCAAGCGCAAAACUUCCUGGAGGCAAACAAGUUGAUCUACCCUGUGGGAUGUGCAGACAAAGCAGUGAUGUGGAUCGAGUCUCAUCUGUUGCUGGUGGGAGCCCUAGCCCUGGGCCUGGCCUUACCUCAGAUUGCAGGCAUUGUGCUGUCCCAGAUCCUGAUCUCUCAGAUCCAAGAUGAGAUUACCUCGGUGUUGUGAGAGUGGGCCGAUGAGGGAAGAGGAGGAAGAAAAAGAACUCACAGUACUUGGCUCCUCUGACGUGUGCAAGGACAUCUGUUUCUCUGCUACUGCAAUGUUUCUACACAUUUCUUAUUCCUAUUGUGCUGUUGCCUGCAGGCAUAAAAGUGUGGUGCACUUUAUUGUGUUACUUCAACAGACAUCACACACAUUGUGCAAAGUGUAUAUUUAUCAGUUUCCGACAUGCUUUUACUAUUGAUCUUGACAUGAAGAUUUUAUUUCUGAAAGUGUUUAUUUUUAAAUGUGACGUUUACUAAUAAAAUUCAGUCAAAGAAA